ACCGGGAUCGGGACGGGGCCCGGGACGGAGCCGAGGACGGGGACGCGCCUCGGACCCGGACCCGAGAGAGCGCGUUGGUUGCCGGACAGUUCAUCCCGCACGGGGACCCUCGUCCGCCCUCCCGCAGCCUCCGCCGCCCGGGACCGGGGUCUCCGGGAAGAGUAGCGGGGCGGCCCCGGGCGCGGGCGCCCGCGGUCGGAUGUCCCCGCAGACGUGAUCGGUGACUUCCCGCCGCCCGCCCUCCUUCCUUCCUUCCUUCCUUCCUUCCUUCCGUCCUUGUCCCCCCUUGUCGGGGCGGGUGGGAUGCUGGCCAUGCCGGAGGAGCGCGCCCAGGCCGGGGAGCGGCCGUGCAGCCCGGCGGGCCGGCCCGGCUCGCUGGCCCCCGCCGGGGACGAGGACGAGGACUCGGACGGGCCGCCGUCCCCCCGCGGGGACGGGGGGGGCCCGGGGGGCCCGUCGUCGGGGGUCCCGGCGGACGAGCGGUUCCCGGCCUGCAUCCGCGACGCGGUGUCGCAGGUGCUGAAGGGCUACGACUGGAGCCUGGUGCCGAUGCCCGCCCGCGGGGGCCCGGGCGGCCCCGGCGGGCCCGGAGGCCUCAAGGCCAAGCCGCACGUCAAGCGGCCCAUGAACGCCUUCAUGGUGUGGGCCCAGGCCGCCCGACGAAAGCUGGCUGACCAGUACCCGCACCUGCACAACGCAGAGCUCAGCAAGACCUUGGGCAAGCUCUGGCGCCUGCUGAGUGAGAACGAGAAGCGGCCCUUCGUGGAGGAAGCCGAGCGGCUCAGGGUGCAACACAAGAAAGACCACCCGGAUUACAAAUACCAACCGCGGAGGCGCAAGAGCACCAAGGCAGGCCAGAGCGACUCCGACUCCGGGGCCGAGCUCGGCCACCCUCCGGGCACUCAGCUGUACAAGGCCGACGCGGGCCUCGGAGCCCUGGGAGACGCCCACCACCACGGCGACCACCCAGGCCAGGCGCACGGCCCGCCCACCCCGCCCACCACCCCGAAGACCGACGUCCAGCAGCACCCCGGCGGCAAGCCGGAGCUGAAGCCCGAAGGGCGCCGCCUGGUGGACAGCGGCCGCCAGAACAUCGACUUCAGCAACGUGGACAUCUCGGAGCUGAGCAGCGAGGUCAUCAACAACAUGGAGACCUUCGACGUGCACGAGUUUGACCAGUACCUCCCCCUCAACGGCCACUCGGCCCUGCCCUCGGACCACGGCGCCUCGGCGGGCUCCUACGGGCCGGCCUACCCGCACCCGGCCGCCGCGGGGCCCGGGCCCUCGCCCGCCUGGACGCUCAAGAACGCGGCCUCCGCCUCCUCCGCGGCCUCCCCGGAAGCGAGCCAGCAGCGGCCGCACAUCAAGACGGAGCAGCUGAGCCCCAGCCACUACAGCGACCAACCGCACGGCUCCCCGGCGCCCUCGGACUACGGCUCUUUCAGCGCCCAGGCCUGCGUCGCCACCGCCCCCUCGCCCGCCGCCUUCACCGGCUCCCAGUGCGACUACACCGACCUGCAGAGCUCCGGCUACUACAGCCCGUACCCGGGCUACCCCUCCGGCCUCUAUCAGUACCCCUACUUCCACUCCUCCCGCCGCCCGUACGCCACCCCCAUCCUCAACGGGCUGUCGCUGCCUCCCGCCCACAGCCCCUCCGGCAGCUGGGACCAGCCCGUCUACACCACUCUGACGCGGCCCUAGGCGGCGACCCCGCUAUGGGGAGGGGAGCCCUCCACCUCAAGUCUCGGGUGCGGGUCGAGCACCCCUUGCCGAGGACGGAUCGGAGAACCGUGGGCCUGGGGGCCGACUGAGCUUCACAGGGAGACUGAUGUGUGUGGCUGGGGGGCCCCCUUUGUCCCGCCCCUCGACAGACGGGGCACCGUGGGCUCCGGCCCGGGUCCCGGGACCACCCCUGUGACACCAGGGGCCGAUCUCGGGCCACCUCAGCCACCGGGAGGCCUAAAGCGGAUGCUGGACUGGCUUCUCUGCGGGCAGAGGGGCGGGACUCUGGCGAGCGGCUGCAGCCGAAGCUGAGGGCACCCCCGGGGCCCGGCCGGCCACCCGCUGGGGAGACACAGCCUCCAGUUGACCUGGGCCCGGAAUCCCCGAGCAACAUUUAGUUGCGGGGUCCCGGCCUCUUCUGAGGCUGCGAAGACAUCUCCGUUAGUUGUGUAUUCGUGGUCUGGAUCGCUGUGUCUUCCGUGCUGUACUUCAUGCAGAAAGUCGACUUCGGACAGAGUCCAGGUCGGAACCCCAUCGUGAGGCAGGGACGCGACCUCCGGCCGCCGUGCCUCGAGGUCGGAUGCAGAGCGUGGCUCCGACAGCGCCCUGCCAGCCAAGCAGAGGGCAGGUUGUACCUGAGGGUCAGCUGCCCGACCACCAGCGCUCUGGAGGGGUGACGGGCCAGGACCAGCCCGGGCCCUCUGUGGGGCACUCUGUCCAGGGGUGGCCUGGACACUGAGAGGGAGGGGGCAGGAGCAGCUGGGCCGCUUCCAGGGGGGUUUCACCACGAGGAGAUCUCACCCCCUCUCCACCCAUUCCAAGAGCCUCGAAGGGUGACGCUCCCCCCCCC